AUGUCACAAAAUCACGACCAGUGCGAGUUUCCUACACGAGACCGAAAGAUAUCGGUGUCCGAGACAUACAUCAAAAAGCUAGAGGGAGAAGUCAAAGCCUUGAGAGCCCAAAAGCAGCGGCCAAGAGCCUCAUCUGAGCUAGAUGAGGCGAGCUGUCCUACUCCGGAUCUAGUUCAGCCCUCGACUCAGUCCCCAGAUAUUGAUGUUUCUAAUCCUCUUCUUGAAUCACCCACAGGGUUCGUUGCCACUAGGUCAUCCUCACAGCCGAUCUUUAUUGGUGAGGCUUCCUGCGUUGGCUUUGGGGACACCUUGCUCCAAUGCGUUGACAAAGAUGCCGAUUUUUCAUCCUGGGCAUCUCCGACAUAUUUCCAACACGAUAUUCUUCAUCGUCUGAUGUGCCCAGAGGUGGUGUUGCCUGACCGGAUACAAGCUCGCUUAUUGGCGGAGGUUGCCAUUCGAUUCCUAGGUACCGACUACCAUUUAGUUCUGAAGAGAACCUUUUUCGACAUGCUGGACCGAACGUGUACCGGAGGGAUUCCCAGGAACCCUGCAUGGAUGUGCAAGUGUUUUGUACUGCUAGCGCUGGGUGAAAUGUAUUCGAACCGAAAACGAAGGAUGGCCGAUCAACACGUACCAGGAACAGACUACUUCCUGCGUGCGGUUGGUUUAUUGCAAGAUCUAUAUGAAACCCCUUCAGUGGAGCAGGUAGAAGUCAUGAUUCUUUUUUGCUUUUAUUCAAACGCUCUAGGGCGCGUCAAAACAGCGUACACCUAUAGCGGUAUUGCUCUGAGAAUAGCCCUUGGAUUGGGCCUUCAUCGAAGUCUGCCCACAGAUACCAAGCUAUGCCCGGUGGAUCGUGAGCACCGAAAGCGCGUCUGGUGGACACUGUACACGCUUGACCGACUAUGCAGCUCCAACCUCGGAUACCCUUUGCUUAUAAGCGAUGCUGUGAUUGAUGUUGAGCUUCCAACGAAUGAAGGCCUUACUCCAGCCGAGUUGGAGGAAUUUACCGAUCCCAGUCACCUAGUCGCGAACGUUAAGCUGGCGAAAAUCACAGGGCAAAUCCUUAAUGACAUAUAUUGCCUCCCACAGAGAACUACAGAAACCUUUGUGCAAAGGGUGCAUCGAAUUCUUCUGAGUCUACGAAAAUGGAAUGACGAACUCCCAUCAAUGCUACAACUACGCCAAGAGCAUUUGCCUCGAAAUAUUUCCAGUCUUCAUCUUCAUUAUAAUCAAUGUGUGAUUUCGACAACACGUCCGAUUCUAUUAUAUCUUUUCAAGAAUCGCUUUUCACUGAGCGCUACAGCUACUGAAGACCCGCCUAGAGUCUUUUCCCCUACUACCCUCGCCCUGGCAGAAAGCUGUGUACAGGCCGCACGGGCAUCGAAUUCCAUCCUAACGAAACUGUUUGUUGACGGAUCUCUAGCGUCAUUUGGAUACUUUGAUGCGCACUACCUCUUCUCUUCCACUCUCAUCUUGAUCAUGUCUGCAGUCAUGGACCCAAACGUGGGCAUGUCAGAUGCUGUCUCAUGUGCUUUCACUAUACUCCGAGCUAUGAAGGAAGAUGGUAAUCUUCCUAGCUUUGACUACCAUGAGAGACUACAACGUACCCGAGCAAGUGUUGGAAAGAUGAGAGAAGCCAACGAAGCAAAGUACCGUAUAUCUGCGGCCCACAAUGGAAGUACAAUGCCACAGGAACAACUGGUUCAUGAUGUCGAUGGGUCGGCCAUAGGCUUUGGGGACGGAAUUCCCCUAGAUCAUCCUCUUAUAGAUAGUUUUCUGGCAGAUAAAGCCUUCGUAUGGCCAGAUGGAAUGAUCUCCCAUGAUGACUCUCUAAGGGACCUGGUGUGCGAGCUAGGAGAUGAGUCUUUGUUUGGUACGGCCUGA